AUGAAGGAUCAGCCGCCGGACUCAAAAGUUCACUUCUUCGUGGCCAAGGCGAUCUUACAAUCACGCAUGGAUUUUGGAGUGGAGGGCGUGAUCGUAGAUCGGGACGAUGCCGAAAUCCAGGAGAAAUUGCAUCUGGUUUCGCUGACUAGCCGCAGUAAGUAG